AUGCUGCAGCAGAUCCUGCACGACAUGUACAUCGACCCCGAGCUUCUGGCUGAGCUCAGUGAUGUGCAAAAGCACAUCCUCUUCUACAAGAUGAGAGAGGAGCAGCUUCGGCGCUGGAGGGAGCGGGAGGCCUGGGACACCCUGGCCCAGGCAGAAGGCCUCAGGCCGGCAAAUGUGGCUUGCAGUCACCCGGGAGGUAAAAACGCAGCAAGCAACAAGCACAUCCAGUGGCUGUUGGGAGCAGAUGGUGAGGUCUGGGUGUGGGUCAUGGGUGAAGGCCCUGGCGACAAGCCCUAUGAAGAGAUCUCUGAGGAGCUGAUUGCAGAGAGAGCACGCCUGCAAGCACAGAGAGAGGCUGAGGAGCUCUGGAAACAGAAGGAAGCAGAGAUCACCCAGAAGUUCCGGGAUGCCUUGGCCAAUGAGAAAGCCCGGAUCCUGGCAGAGAGGUGGAAAGUGGAGAUGGAAGAUCGCAAGGCUGCCAAAGUCCUGGAGGAACGUAUACACGAGGAAUUCAAGAGGAAAGAGGAAGAAGAGAGGAGGCGAGGAGAAGAACAGAUUCGCCUCCAGGAGGAGCAGCGAGCCAAAGAACUCUACUGGACACUGAAGCAGGCCCAGCUGCACUGCCAAGCCAGUGAGAAGGAGGAGCGCGAGUGGGAAGAGCAGCUGCGCAGAUCCAAGGCGGCUGAUGAAGAGAGGAGUCGUCGUGCCCAGCGAGCUCGGGAUGAGUACCGGCGCCACUCACUCCGAGCCAUCCAGAAGGGCACAGUCGCGGGCCUAAGCACCAUGUUCCAAGAACUUGGCCAGAACCAUGAGCAGGAGGCAAGACUCUGCCAUCAACUUCCAUGCACCAGUCAAUCAACACCCCUUACAGGAGCUGACAGGACCUGGGAGCGUCCUCUGCGUCCACUCUCCAGAGAAGUCAUCGUGCGCUGGUUCAAGGAGGAACAGCUGCCUCGCAGAGCUGGCUUUGAGAGGAACACCAAGUCCAUCGCUCCCUGGUUUCAUGGAAUUAUUAGCCGAGAGAAUGCGGAAGACCUUUUAGAGAAUAUGACCGAGGGAGCAUUUCUGGUCCGGGUCAGUGAGAAGAUCUGGGGUUACACCCUGUCCUACCGCCUACAGAGAGGCUUCAAGCACUUUCUUGUGGAUGCCUCUGGGGACUUCUACAGCUUUCUGGGAGUGGACCCUAAUCGCCAUGCCACCCUCACGGACCUCAUUGAUUUCCACAAGGAGGAAAUCAUCACUGUCUCAGGGGGAGAGUUGCUGCAGGAGCCCUGCGGACAGAGGGAUAGCCCACCAGAUUAUCACCUGCUGUUUGAAUGAUGAUGGUUUUCCUCCUCUUUGGACUCCUUUGAGUAUCCCGAUUUUGAACUGAGCUUAAGAAUAUCCCAACUCAAAGCCUCAUGGUCCUCUAGAAGAUCCAUCAUUCUUCAGAUGAACAAUGGUAACAGGGAGUCUCCAGAAUGUGACCUCCAAAAUGUGACUGCAUUUGUGAGACUGGCCCCAUUUCAAAGCUCGAGACAAAAACCCUAAAUAACGGAUGCUCCCUGAGGCCUGUCUGUCAUGGCUGUUCUAAGCCGAACUCCUAGACUGAAUGGAUCAUGUUUCAUAACCCAAAGCAAUCCAGUGCCGAACCUUACAAUUCAUAUAGAGUCAACACCCAAUAAGUAUUUGCUGAGUGAAUGCCAUUCUGAAAAAACUCCCAACACCAGUGUGCAAUGGUUUCUAGCAAAUUAUUUCCUCUACCACUUCAUAAAGUCACUGAGAUCACAAGCAGGUGUGUGACUAACUUACAUGGGAGACAUGGAUGUUGCAUCUUUCCUAGUGUUCAUGAGCUUGUUGAUACUAUCACGAGAAUUACCUAAAGUUUCUAAGCUCGGCAUUCAGAAUAGGAGACUGACUCUGUGCUGUCUUCCUUGUUUAACCGCUUCUACCUUUUCUCAUAUCUCAGCUCCU